UGAUGCAAGUCCUGCCGCAGAUGCCCUUGACCAGAAUGAUGGAUCUGCUCCAUUCUCUUCUUCAACACCUUCCUCCUCAUCAGCACCUUCCUCCCCGUCAGAGUCAAGAAAAGAGUCAUCCUUCGUCAGCGCAAAGUCAACACCGUCUAGUUCAUCGAAAGCGCUAGCGAAAAGAGGGAUGUCGCUAGAUAAUCAUGGGACGAUCGCUAGAGCAAGACGAAGCACUACUGCCACCUCUGCUGGGGCCUCGGCAGGGACAGGAACAAAUAAAUCAGGUGGCUUAACAUUAACAAGUCCUCUGUUCCCCUUCGCUCCUUUCGAUUCUGGCGUACUAGAGCUUAUUCUGUCUCAUCUCGAUGUGCCCUCGCUUUCCGCGUGUUGUGCGGUUCACGCGGGCCCUCUGUCCGACGUGGCGAGGUGCCAUCCGAACUGGCGCCUUUUCAUUCUCCAGAACUACGGCGUCUACUAUUAUGGAGCCAAAAUCUCUUAUCAUUCUCAAGUUUCUCAAGUACUUAGAAAAGAGGAUCUCAUCACAUUUUCAAGUUUCUCAAGUAAAUAGAAAGAGUCUUAACGAAGAUAAUAGAUUUUGGCUUCAUAACGAUGACGAUUAUCUGAGAAUCAUAGCGCCUUUGCUAGAGGACGCGACCUUGUUGAAGUUGAGAGGGAAGCAGGAUGAAGAAGAUAUAGGCGCUUUGGAGACUUGUUUAGGCGAGGGCGAACAUAAGAAGGAGGAACAGGUUCUUGAAUGAAAUAUGGGCUCUUUCUUUCGAUGGAAAUGCGUGUCGUCUUUUCGUUACAUCACUCACAACUUAGCUCAGUAGAUCUAGAUACUGAUACCUAAUAAAUCGCCUCAAUACAUCAAUUUUACUUCAUCCCGCAUUACAGAAGAUGCACGACGGUGAGGUCUGGCGCUUAUUGUAUGUGUACAUCAAACAAACGGUGCGAAAUGUUGCUGGUGGAGGCUAUGUCUUGCGCCGGUUUCGAGGUAGGCUUAAAUCGCGCGUCGGCGUAGCAUUGAAAGCUGCGGAAUUCGAAGCGGCACGUCGUGAGUGUUGGGACAUGAUGCUGAGUUAUGAGAUGCAUGACCGUGAUGACCAAGACCAUAUGGUCAGCGUUUAGAUUCGUUUACCCCAGCAUCAUCACUCUAGUGCCCUUUUGUUCAUCCCAUAGAGCAGCUACAAGGGCACAUAUUAUGCUAGUAGUACGUAGUAGUGCUUACUUACCAAGAUGGGGGGGGCAGGUACAACUUAUAUGAAUCUUCGAAGCACUCUCUAAGUAAAACAGAUAGCACAAAAACCAAAUGCAGUGACAACCGGUUCGACCAUGGACGAUAGACGCGCUCAGGACCAUAUUUUGUCUCUUUUCUUCUUCCUAGAGGACGAACUUCGGAGGAUGCAUAGGAUGUUUUUAGGCCAAGUUUACGAAUGAAGCCUUUUCCAUCUUUAGACGACCGACCACGCAUGAUGCUUGUGCCACUCUGGCUUUUCAACAAGGGGAAAGACAAAGUGCCAGGAGGAUCAUGGUCUGCCUAGAUGGAAAAGUCUCCUGUCUUCAUGGGCUUUCGUCCCUUCCAGGACCAGGUGGAGAGGGCCUGCUUCUAGAGCGUCUGAACAAAAUUCGCCUUGACCGUGAGCUUGAACAAGUGAGAGAGCAUGAUACGAACAUGAACAUCAUACGAGCACCAGACGAAGAAGAGGCUUCCUUUGACGCUACAACAGCAGCGAUUGCAGUUCUCUCCGAAGAAGAACAAAAACUUUUAGAGAAAAACCAUCAUCGAGACGAGGAUAUCAUAGAACUACAGGGAGAAAACAGCAAUGACACUGCUAAAAAAAGUAACUCUAGCAGCAAGAAGACUACUUCCAAAGUAGAACAGGACUCCAAAGCAGAACUCUCUUCUUCUCCGGAAGAAGAACAGGACUCCAAAGAACCCUCCAAAGAAACCCCUAAAAAAGAACCCUUGGAAGAGGUGGAGGACUACGAUGAUGAUGCGAGACGCCACGAGUUCGUUUACUGGGAUAAGGAAUUAGAGAGAAAAAUAGAAGCAUACGUGAGGGAGAAUCCCAAAGAAAGGGCUAGCAUAGCACGGGAGCACAUGACAGAACGCGAGAUCGACAACCUCAUUAAGGAAUUACAAAGGCACUGGGAAACGAGGUUCCACCUGGAUCAAUGGAGAGCUGUCAUCAACCACGGUCGCGGAUCAUGGACCUACUAUGGGAUGUUGGCCGACAAGAAACUACCUUUGGGAGCAGAGAUGCAUAGAAAGUACCGAGGAACAGUCGAAACCUCCGACGACGGGAAAUUCGUCAUUUGGGAGAACGGGAGAUUUAUUCAACUAGUAGACAUCUUCACUGGCGCCAUUGUUAAGGCCUCGUCACUUCAACUAGUAGGCAUCUUUUAGCUCAUCUGUAAGCUGUUUUUAAGUAGAAAAGUGGACACAGGUGAGGCAGAAGGCCACUGACUUUAGUGAGUUCUAACCUUGUGCGCACCAUUGAUGUUGGGCACACUUUUCGAGUGUAUUUCCAUCGCGCAGCUGCUGGCGAAAGCAAGUUGUAUGUGUGCUUGACUGAUCGAGUGGUGGGGUAUGAUUUGGAGGAAUUGUUGGGGAGAAAGAAAUCGACAGAGGAAACAGAAACUGCCACGUCUUCUACUAUGAAAGAGUCCUUUCUUCUUCUUCUACAACCUUUGAACCUACACUGCAAGAGGAAGGAAGCCGAGAUGCCACCAUGGUUACAAGACUGCAAAGGAAGGCCAUUAGAACUGGUCCUCCAUCGUGAUCGCUUGGCGCUUGUGGAAUCUCAUAGGGUAACUUUGUGGGAUUGCGACAGUUUAGACUUGGUGGGAAAAAUUGAGCCAUACUGCAGCCCUUUGGGGGAGUACGUGCCGCCUUUUCCUGCGUUUGCGUUGAAUCUUAUGUGUGAGAUUUGAUUGUGGAAAGCUGGUAACUGGAAAAUUGUCCCUGCUUCUAUUUGAAAAAUUGCUGUAACAAUUCAAAGAUCUUCCUAUAGAGAACCGACAAGUCUAAGUACUAGGACUAAUGGCAUGUAGACGAACCCUAUAAUAGAAGUACUCACAACUAGACUACAUAUCUCUAAAAAAAGCCGUCUCGAGUUUGGGCAGGAACAUCGCGCUGCCUUCGAAAUACAGUGGCUUGGUCGACAUGCUCUCACCUGGUGUCGUGGCACCACGUUGCCUAUCGAACUUUACGCGAUCGAUGUUCUACUUAAGGCCAGCGCAGUUGCAUCCUUAUAGUAUCAUGAUCAUGCCUGCUGACCCACUCCUUUCUCAAAUAGUUGGAAAAGGGAGUGGAGAUGGCUUCACGGAUGCGAGUGCGGCAGCGCUAAUCGACCCGUUGCGAAGCUAGCAGUUUUUUACCAAUCUAUGUUAGUUCCAGCCAAUUGGCUGCAGGUCGAUGUCUGCAGGGUCACGUGGAUGAAGCUGGGAACGUUGGAAUACUUCCUUGUGGGGGCUUUGGACGAUGCAGGCAUCGUAUCGCUCUGGGAUACCGAAGGCCAAAUGCUACUACGCUUUAACGGUGCCUCAGACCUACUAGAUCGAGGCGUUCUAGUUAAGGCUAGUUUUUCACUAUCCCAUUCCCAAGUGGAGUAUGGCAUCGUGUAGAUUCUCUCUUAUAUCAAGGGCAUUUUAAGAGGAAAAAAAGGGAAGCCACUCAACGACGAAGAGGGAAAAACUAGCGCUAAUCUAGAUAUGAUCAUGACGCAGGACUUCGUGGCAGUAGUAGACGAUGACCUGGGAGUGCACUUUUAUCGGUUGUACCUCCAUCCCGAACGAUCAGCGUGUCGAAACUGUGAACGUUUGGAAGGAAAGCGACCACCUCAAGACUUACCCCUUACACAUGGUAGCCGCUACUUUAGUCAAUACUACGGACCGGAACUGGAUAAACUGAAUAAGCAGAUUGGAGUUGCGUCUGGGCGCGAACAUAAUCAUGCGGGCAAUGAUUAUAUGCCGAAUAUGAUUGACGAAAAUUAUGAUAGCACGGGAAUGGUCGUUGUGGAAGAUGUAGAAGAGGAAGGAGAUUCAGGUAUCCGAGGUACUGAACAUUAUCCGAAAACAGGGACCUCAGAUGUUGAUCGAGCAGAGGACAUGUACGAUCUAGAUGAACAAGAAGGUGCUAGUUUCGGCGGUAGCGGAGCAGGAAAAAAGGAUGUACGCCAAUUUUCGACGAAGGCAGAUCAAGCGGCAACGAGUGCUGGGUCAGAUGAAGAAAGCACAGCUGCCGAGUGUGAAGAAAGCGAAUUUUCUACGAAUUUUUCAUCUGGUCAGGAGGAUGUGAGUUGUAGUUCUUUUAGUUCUAGUACUGCAGGGAAAGGUAAAGGGGAAUGCGAAAGGAAUGGGAAGCUACCGGAUGAUAACAGUUUGGUAGCUUCAACUUCAUCGUCUUCGAAAAGAACCAAAGACCACAGAGGGAACUCCUCGUCUGCCAACAUCUGCACAAAUAUUCAAAGCAGGACUCCGUCUUCAUCUUCUUCUUCAGCAUCUCCCAAAAACAAGCACAAAAAAGAAGAUCCGACGAUAGGUGAAACGUUUGAAGAUCAUGAUACCCAAGAAGAGCAAGAGCAUGUUCUUGAUGAUAGCACUUCUUUUUCUUCUUCCAGCACAACAUCCGAUGAUUGUCCAUCUUCUUCAAAACCGGAAGGAGGUGGUCUUAACGCCGGUUCACAUCUGAAUGGAGCACGCUUUUGUCCUACCUGCCGACAGCAUUUUACUCCUUCUGUUCCAAGGGUGCAUCGCAUCGGCAUAGAUCAUUGGGAUAGGGGCGGUCCUGCAAUUGGCACGCCUAAUGACUGCGAAGACAGUUGUUUUUUCGGAGGCUCCAGUAUAAUGCAAAAAGCGUUUGCGAAACGAACAGAGGGAAGGCUACUUAAGGCUCGUACUUACUCCCGUAGAAGAUGCAUCCUCAGGCUAAGCAUGAUCCAGGCAACAUCCUCAGGAGCAUCAUCCAUCUGGGCUCUUUUUCUGAGUACUCAGACGUUACUUGAAAAAAAAGCGCCCAACGAUCAACAUGCUCUCAAGGAAGAUGCGACUCCGGUUGUAUGGUCUAAGAUACAUUUUCUUGGGACAGGACCUAGUCCAGCUUCAAGGGAAUAUCCACAAAAAGGAAUUUCCAAAAAAAAGCCACCCAAUAGACCAGGCAUGGAGUCAAAAAUAGUGUUGAAACCAGCUGAAUUUUACAGAGGCUUUCCCAAUGUUAAGGCUUUCCGUAAUCCAGCUUCCAAAGCAUCUCAAACAAGGUCGUAAAGCCGUUUUCAUAAGAUCUGGAUCUUCCAAAGGAUCUCGAUCUUCCAAAGCAUCUCUUCAAGGGGAAAACGAGCAGGAAGAUGCUCCAGAGGAUGGAUUUGUGCCAUUUCUAACGCUGAGUUUGGGAUACAACAAGUGGAUGCUACAUCUCUAUCGGGAGCUUAUGUGCCCAGCAAAGACGCAACGGAACUCUAUUUAUGUCUGAAGGCUUUCGAGAGCUCUUCGAAUUGUAUUUCUUCAAUACGAAUGCUUCAUUAUUCAACACAACAAUUUCCGAUGACAUGCGCAUGACCUUGCUCUUUCAUCGGCUGAUAUUAUCGCUUCUUCUAGGUAACAAUAAAUUUACAAGUUAUGUAGAUGUAGUCGUAGUGGUACUUGUAAAAUAAAAGUUGCAAGAUGAAUAGGGGAACUACAAAGAUGACAAGCUCUGUCUUCGUAUAUCUUCAGUGUCCACCCAUGUUUCCCGUUGCAGUCGUUCAUAGUCCCGCGACCUGUACUACGCCCCUCUCGAGACGCAGGAGGAGUUAUCCAAGUUGAAGAUCGUGCACUAUGACGUGAUACGGCAUGAACACCAGGAUCCGGAUAUCCGAAAUCUCGUGUGGCAAGUAGGUUCCGAACACGAUGAAAGCACACUUCCUCGUCGCUUACGGGACUACAAUCGAAUGGAAAUAUUAUGGCUUUUGAUUUUCUAUCAAUCUUGAAAAAAUCCUGUUGAAGAGUCCUCUUUUCUUUCAUCAGAGUGCCCCUCUCUCAAGAUCGAUCAUGUUUUCGGUAUUUAAAGUCUAAGAAUACGAGGAGAACGCACGCCUGAAGAAGAAGAACGGGAACGGGGUAUACGUUUUCCCGGAGGUGGAGGAGGAAACAAUAAUGCUGGAGGUGGCGCCAAUAUUAAGGCUACCGCUCAAGCAUCCUAAGCAUCAUCUUUGUCCCUUUUUGUAAUUGAAAAGUAAGCUAUACUCUCAAGAAUACUACUUAUGACUCUCAAGGAAGAUGUAGAUGCCCCAACAAGGACGCACUCAGGUGGGAUGCUAUCGCCAUAUAGUUCUAACAAGUAUGGAAACCGCGUAGUCAUCCCUGUUUUCCGACCCGCAGAUGGAGGUAAUGACCCCGAGCACGCACGAAGGGAAAGAGAAGCCUGGCAAGCAGCCACUGAGAACUUCCUGAAUCGACUGAGGCAAGCUGCGGCUAGAGAUAGAGCAAACGCUCCAGCACCACCUCCAACAGCAACAAUAACAACAAGGGAAACAACAACAGCGACGACGGGCGAUACAAGAAGUGUGGUUAACUCCACCAACAACACGGGCCCUGGUGAAGAUUUUAGCGGUAGUGGUGGUACUACUUCUACUUCUAGUUCUUCUUCAAGCAGCAGCAAUAGCGGCGCUGCUGGUGGCUCUAGCUCGUCAAGCAGCAGCAGCGGGGCAACUGGUGCAACAAUUUCCUCAACAGCCAGUAGCGGCACUACCACCAAUCCAGUGACCGGAAUGAUUCCCACAGAGACAUUGAGGCAGCUGGGAUUGGCGCCGCCCGCUCCUCCUUCACAGCCGACAGUUGUAUCUAAAGAGAACUUGCAGGCUAUGCUUCAAUCUAUAGUGCAGCGUACAAACGGAAACGAUAGUAGUAGCACUGGAAAUAGUAGCACUACCAUUUCUUUUGCUUCUGCCGCCAAUGACGCUAACAUCGCGACCUCCUCUGCAGUAACAAGUGCCGGCAGCGAUAGCAGUAGCAGUAGUACUAACAACUCUGGUAAUGCGGAGAGAAGUAACGAAAACGAAGGAAGAACCACGGUAAGCACUAACGAUGGAACAACUAAUAGCAACUCUCCAAACGCUCCUGCAAGUGGAAGCGCAGAUUAUAGCAGUUCCAUUCCUAGUAAUUUUCCUCCUGGGAGGACUACAGCAUUAAACAGUGAAGAUAAUCAUGAAAAUGAAGGUGGACGAGGUGCGCUUUCUUCUCUAGUAGAGCCGCCUGGUGCAAAUCCAAGUUCCACCUCCUCGUCAACAGUAGAACAACAGGAACAACAACCUCGUCCACCACCUACAGGAGCACAAGGAGAACAACCUCGGCCACGUCCAUCAGCACCAUCAGCAGCAGCAGCAGCAUCAGCAGACCCCUUAGAUCUCUCGCGCAUACCCAACGCCAGGCUUGACUGCCCCAUUUGUCGCACCGAAUUCCCCGACUUCAAGAUUGUUGCGCUUCCCUGUGGUCACACACUAGGCUGUAGUGCCUGUGCGGGGACAGGUUUGGCUGCCUCAGACCGCUGUCCUGUAUGUCAUCAGCCGUAUUGUGGAUUCGGGACUGUAAAACGCGGAACGCAAGUAAUGUUCGGAGGAGCACCGCCUCUACGGGAGCAAACUAGUACCACACCAGCACUGCAGCAGGCAGACGGAGCUGCUGCAGGACCAGCUACUUCGGGAACUACACAGGAAAGCAGUACAACAACGCUGCAAGAACCAGCAGAGGAAAACACACAAUCUGCCGCCGUACAUUAUGAUGUGCCAGCUCCUGCGGAUGCGCCAGGUGCUGGGACUAGACCUGCUGUUGAAGGAAAAGAAGUAGAAGACCCAGCACAACAAGAGGAAUCAGAAGAUGCUUGUGCUUCUAAUGAGAACCUGGAAGAAAAGGACCUGGACUACACUUCCCCAGACGAUGAUGAUUCUGUUAAUCCAGAUAUUACGGGUGAGCGUGAGGUAAACAUUCCAGCAGCAGAGCGAAGGCCACUGGAAGACUUUUGUUGGCCUCAUAUAAACUCUGAUUUUGUGCGCAAAGUGAACUGGGUUCAAAUUCCGCACAUUGAUUCCUACUUCGCGGCUUAUCGGAACUACUUGAAUUUAUGGGAAGCGGAUCCUUUUGGUUCGAUAGUAGUGUAGAAAGAUUGUGAGGAUCAUCGUCUCUGCUUUUCAAAUACGUGUCGUUCUUUACUACAGUGACUAAUGUCCUUCUCAAAACCGCAUGAUAAUGUACAUAAUGUACAGAUAAUUUAUCUACGAUGACAUGUUGUGGACCUGCAUAUAAAUAUAAUAUAAUUCUCUCGUCUCCCUCUUUCUCUACUAACUCCCGUCUGUACCUUCCACAAAUCCGGAAAGGAGUCUCUCCAGGUUUUCGAUUCCGGUUCCCUGGCGACUAGACUCCGACUGCCAGCUGCAAAACAUACGAAGUUUGAAGAGUGGACAGCUUUGCAGGUGGAGGAGGAAUCGGACUCUCUGCUGUUUUAUGAUUUUCGUCCAGCUGGUUUCACAUUCGAUCAGUGGAUCAGGCAUAGAGCGGUUGGCGCUAGGAGACGAGGUUCAUCGGGUGGUGGUGAAGAUACUCAGUGGUUUAGUGUCAGUAAGGAGACAUCUUCUUCGGCGUCUUCUCCUUCUUCCAGUUCCGCUUCCUCCUCUAAGAGAAGACGGGUGACUCUUUUUUGAAGUUUUCUAUCAAAUACGCGUUCAUGAUAUGAUCGGGUCUAGUUCUAUAACUGUCUUUUUCUAAGUCAGGGAAUGGUGAUCAGCCGCUUGUACGCAACUUACAGCAAUGCAUCAGUAUCACGCACUUUUUCUGCGUGUCACUGUCUGUGUCACAGAACAGAAGUUUGAACGCAAUGCUGUUCCUCUACUGAAUGUGGUCGUGUCCGCACAUCAAAGCAUUCGAAAC